ACCGCUUCCUUACCAUGGCUGAAUUCGUGCGGCGAGAUGGCUUGAAGCUGCAGGCCCGGUAACUUUUUUGAUGUUUUGACUAGCGUCGAGACGGCAAAUUCCGCUAGACGGCUCGCUUGUUCUUCCGCUUCCGGUUCGCGCACACUCACAGAGAAUUCCAACCUCUGUCGACAGCCGAGCACCGACAGCACCACGAUCACUUUACUAACAAAGCAGGAAUCUCAAUCAAGAUGAAGUUCCUCAAGGUAGGCCGUGUCGCCAUUAUCACCCGGGGCCGAUAUGCUGGCAAGAAGGUUGUGAUCAUUCAGCCUCUCGACACCGGCUCAAAAUCUCACCCCUUCCCUCAUGCUCUCGUUGCCGGCAUUGAACGCUACCCGUCGAAGAUCACCCGCCGCAUGUCAAAGGGUACCCAGGCGAAGCGCUCAAAGGUCAAGCCCUUCAUCAAGACCGUCAACUACAACCACCUGAUGCCCACCCGUUACACUCUCGAGCUGGAAGGACUGAAGGGCGUAGUGAGCAACGACACAUUCAAGGAGCCCAGCCAACGUGAGGAGGCCAAGAAGACUGUCAAGAAGACACUCGAGGAGCGAUACGUGAGUGGAAAGAACAGGUGGUUCUUCACUCCUCUGCGUAAGUGGUUGUGCCCGGGACAGGCAAAAGCCCUGCUAACAAUUGCUUCAGGUUUCUAAGCGAUUCUUUUCGGGUGGAUUUGGAGCAUAGGUCGUGGUGAUGAUGGCUUUCCUAUUUGCAUGCCAUGGUAUGGGGUCUCAAUAAAAGCAACCUAGAUGGGUUCAAUACCAAAUAC